GAGAAACGUUUUGUUAAAAGCGAUAAGGCGGAAAUAAGCAUGUUAUUAAAAGACUUUACUUCCAAAAGGUAUUCAGGAAAAGGAAAUAUAAGGGAGUAUAUUAUGGAAAUGUCUUAUAUUGUUUCUAGGCUCAAGACACUUAAGAUUGAGAUAUCGGAAGAUGUUCUCGUACACAUAGUCUUGAACUCUCUUCCUAUUGCAUUUGAUUCUUUUAAGGUCAGUUAUAACUGCCAAAAAGAGAAGUGGUCUCUUAAUGAGCUCAUUUCAUAUUGCGUGCAAGAGGAAGAGAGGAUGAAACAAAAUAAGAUAGAAAGUGCUCACUUGGCUAGUACCUCUAAGGAUAAGGGUAAAAAGAGGAAGAAAACUCUCAUUAAGAAUGAAGCUGCUAAGGGUCCAGUACAGAUGAAACAUAAGGAAGGUGAAACAACCUGUUUCUUCUGUAAGAAGUCUGGACACAUGAAGAAGGAUUGUACCAAGUAUCAUGCUUGGAAAGUGAAGAAAGGGUUGUCUGAGCCACCGCAAGCCAAAUGAUGCUGAAAGAUGCGUCUAUGUGGGAGAUGGCAAAGCGGUGCAUGUGGAGGCUAUUGGGCAUUUUAGAUUGUUAUUAUCUACCGGUUUCUAUUUGGAUUUAAAAGACACUUUUAUUGUUCCGUCAUUUAGGCGGAAUUUGGUUUCUGUUUCUUAUUUGGACAAAUUAGGUUAUCAUUGUUCCUUUGGAAACUUCCGGUUUAAUUUGUCUUUGAAUUCAAAUAUUGUGGGG